AUCUUUUGAACAUGUGUGUCAAUUUCCGAACCCAGGUUUCUAGAACGAAUAUUGAAUUUCAGUGGUUUGAAAAGUUUUUAAACUACCAUAGCAACCUUUGUUUUGAGUUGAAACAAAGUUAGCCCAGAAAAUCCUGGCAACGCAGUAGUCGCCACCAAACAAACGGUCAUUAUUAUACGGAUUAGUCAGUAAACUAGUACGCUUUAGAGUUCUUUACCUUCAACCUUAUUAUAUAUUUGCAUUGCCACAAUGUCGCUGGUCUAUAUCACCCAUCACGAUGAGAAUAUUCUCGGCUGUGAGCAGGAGUUUGAGAAGGCCCAAGGACCCAGGGAAUCCAUUUUUGUCUACAAGAAUCCUGUUGUGGAGCGGGCCGCAAAUUAUGCCAGGAAGUUGCGCGAACGCCUGAACGAUGAGGACAAGAAGCUGUCGGUUGUCCUGCAGACGGAUGGCACUCGCGUCCUCACGGAGGCCAAGAAAUCGCUGCAUCGCACCAUGGGCUGUGCCCACACUCCCAUCGAUCCGCCGUGCGCCUAUUUGCGCAAGAAUCAGGGCAUCAAGUGGCGGCGCGAGAACACCCACAAGUGUCCCAAGAUGCCGCCGAUGCCCCCGCUUCCACCACCCGGCAGCGGUGGCCACAAGGCGAACCUGGCGCCCAAUUUCAUCAAGCGCAACAAGAUGUGCGCCGCACAGACCAUUCCCUGUCCACCGCCACCGCGCUACAUAGACACUCCCGUGGGCACUCGUCACAAUCUACUGAAUUCGGGGCUCGUGCCGCAGUUUAUUUGCCGCAAGGAUUUCGGCAAGGUUCCAGUUUACCUGAAGAAAACCAAGCGCAUGCUGGCCGACAUGAAUGCGGUGUGUUCGAAGGAACAGGCACGUUUGCUGGAGCUCUGCCGUGGCAUUAAGGGCUUCACCAGGACCUCCGUGGAUCUCGGAGGUCCCCCACCGAUGCCGGGAAUGCGGGUGAUGGCUCAGCCGGAGCGCAAUGAAAUCCUAGAGGGCCUGCGGCUGAGCCUCACCGACAUGACCAAGCAAUAUCAGUCCAUGUCGCUGCUCAUCGACAGCAUCGCCAAGCGGCAGCGCAAGAGCAAGCUGGAAUCGGACCUGCGCCAGGUGGAGCAGGAUAUUCUGCUCAUCGAGACCACUCCCAUUAUCUAUGUUUCCGAGUAUUAAUUAAUAAUCUAA